GGGCUAAGCAUCACUGGCUAGCUCAUUCACAUCAUCACUACUACGGGGAUAUACAAAGCUUUGGUGCUGCUGUUGUUGCGUCUCGCUUGUUCUUAUUUCCUGCUUUGAAUCAAAUUAAUAGCAGAGGGGGAAAGAAAUUCACUUACAGCUACUUCUCCACAACCAUGGGGCUCCGAGACGCACUGAAGAAGAAGGACGCUAUAGAGCAAGGCCAGGAUGCAGAUGCAAGAUUGGCCGGUCCGGACAUCACUUUUAUUCGCUCCGACACUGUUUCGCAACAGGUGAUUGUGCCGCCGGACGAAAACGCCCUGGGCUACAAUGACGGCUUGCUAUCGCCCUCGUCAACAAGCGGAGAGCACCGAAAGUCGAGGCGAAGCUUUGACUUUUUCCACUCGGAUCAAUCACGAAGCCCAUCUGCAUCCUCCUCGACCAGUCAGAAGUCCAAGAAGGAGAGCGCGGCAAGACGCCUCUCCCAUAGGCUACACCUAAGUCGCGCGCCUGAGACCUCUGACCAUGUGCCCCAGAACCUACCGGAGAUUGUGGUCCCAAACGACGUGCAGGAUAGAGAUGCUGCAGAGCUGCAGUGGGAGAAACGGGCGACCAUGUUAGCCGGGCAGAAUGAUCGGGUGAGGAGUCGGCCGCCUUCAAGGGAUGCCGCAGACGGCAUGGCGCACAUGAGUCUAGACGGCCCUCGCAGCCGAAGCGCUUCGGUGCACUCGGGACAAGUUUCGUCCAAACAGAUCGAUGCCGAUAUUCAGGAGGCGAUUCGACUGCAUGAGGAUGGUAACUAUGUGGAAGCCACCAAGUUAUUCGGGCGCCUUGCAGAUGAGAGCGGCGCCAAUAAUCCACUUAGCCAGGUCCUCUAUGGACUAGCACUCAGACACGGUUGGGGUUGCACGCCAGACCCUGGGAGAGCGGUCCACUAUCUAACGGCAGCAGCCUCUAAUGCUGCAUCAGUCGAACAAUUGGCGAUCCAGGCUGGUCUGAAGAAGGGAGGAGCGGCAAAGGGGGAGCUAGUCCUCGCCAUCUUCGAAUUGGCAAACUGCUUCCGCCACGGCUGGGGCAUCGGAAAAGAUCCAAUCGCCGCAAAGCAGUACUAUGAGACAGCAGCGAACUUGGGCGAUUCUGACGCUAUGAACGAAGUUGCCUGGUGUUACCUGGAGGGCUAUGGCUGUAAAAAGGAUAAGUAUGCUGCAGCCCGGUACUAUCGACUGGCGGAGAAAGCUGGCAAUAAGACACUAGGAAAUUCAUGGAUAUGGAAAGAAAAGUACGAUCCCGGCAACGGUAAGAAGAAGUAAGGGGGGGUCACAGGCAAGCAGAUCGCAUUCGCUCGAUGGAGCUCAAUAGCGCUUUCCACCUCUAAGCUUCAUUACCUUUUCCCCUUAUUUCUCUUCU